AGAGAGGGGAGGAAGGGUGGGGAGCAGGGGAGAGGAAGAGCGAAGGACUAGGAAGGAGAGAGGAGACCGCGGCGGGCGCAGCGGGAACGUUGGCCGGGCCGCCCCCACGAGUAAGGCGUCGCCAUUCCGCUACUCGGGGCGCCGCCGCCGCCGCCACCGCGCCCGGGGGCCAUGCUUCCGCCGCCCCCGCGCCAGCCGCCGCCCCAGGCGCGCGCGGCCCGCGGUGCGGUGCGCCUGCAGAGGGCCUUCUUGCGCGGCCCGCUGGGCGUGCUGCGGGUGCUGCAGCUGCUGGCUGGCGCCGCCUUCUGGAUCACCAUCGCCACCAGCAGGUACCAGGGCCCCGUGCACUUCGCGCUCUUCGUGUCGGUGCUCUUCUGGCUGCUGACCCUGGGCAUCUACUUCCUCACACUGCUGGGCAAGCACGAGCUGGUGCCCGUUCUGGGCUCGCGCUGGCUCGUGGUCAACGUGGCGCACGACCUACUGGCGGCAGCGCUGUACGGUGCCGCGACAGCCAUCAUGAUUGACCAGACGCAGAGACACAGCUACUGCAACCUCAAGGAUUACCAGAUGUCUUGCGCCUAUCACGCCUUCCUGGCGGCCGCCGUCUGCGGCGGCCUCUGCCUCGGCCUCUACCUGCUCUCAGCGCUUUAUGGCUGCUGUCGCCGCUACCAGGGCGAGCAGGACGUGGCGUGAGGCCGCCGCGCCGCGGGCCGGGGGACCCUGCGGAGAUCUGCGCCCCAGCCCUUCCUGCCGUCCCGCGACCGUACGCCCUGGCACCCUCCCUUGCCCUGCAUUCCCGCACCGCCCGCACCCAAGCACCCCGACACGCAGUUCCCGUCCGACUGCGGAGCCACCGCCCAGAGUCCGGACCGCUGCGCCGGAUGCGCUGUCUCCAGGGACCCGGACAGGGCUACCCUCCGAGGGGCGGACGCGCACUCUCAGACGGGCCUCUCGGAGGCGACACCUCGCGGUUCCUUUUCUCUUCCCUGCAGAGAGAGAGAGACGUGGACAGGCGCCGCGUAGAUCCGGGGGAGGCUCCCAAAUUGGAAUCAGUCUUCUGGCUGCGCCCCUGCCCCCUCCCUGCCGCCCCGCGGUGGGAAGAGCACCCACUUACCCAGGCCCCUCUUCCAGCCUCGAGUGCUGUAAAAAGCAGGCACGCAGCCGCGGGCGGAGCUGGGGACAGGCCUCCACUGGUCCCCGGGAUGAGCCGACGAGUUUGGUUUUAGUUUGGGAUUGUGAGGGCAUUUUGAGGACUCCUUCCUGACCCAUCCCUCGGUGCUUUGAUGUCUUUGGACGGGGCCCAUCUCCAAGGGCCAAGAUGGAUGACAAGGGCCCACGCGUUGUACUCUUGCCUCUGCCUGUUCCGCCUUUGCCCUCACGGUUCAUGGAGACCAGGCCCAAAAUCACACUGGCUUCCCAGGCCUUGCCUUCCCAGCCUUCCUCUCACAGGCUUCAGCUCUACUUACACCUUCCAGUAUCUUUUUGCAUUAGAGAUCCCACACGACCACCACGGAAUGUUAGGGUGAGCCCCACUCUUGCUUAUUACAGAUGGAGCCCUAGAAUUUGCUCAUAAAAACAGCUAGAAUGAGAUUUAGAACCCCUCCCAAUCCAGCGCUGUUUACAUUAAAGCAGUGGGUGUUCCCAGGCUUCCUGGCUCAGAGUUACCCUGGAAAAGUGGGUUUCCAGGCCAAAUGGGUUUGUCAAAGGUGCUAUCUCCCCUUUUUGGGGAGUCACUAGCAUAUCAAAGGCUCUGAGAAGUCCUGCUGUAAAAGAAGACAAGAGUAAUAAGUGUUUACUGCCUCUGGGCCUGGUUCAGUUUUUGUCACCUUGAGGUUCCUGGCAGCCCUGUGCUGUCCUGGUUCUCAUGCCUUCCUAAAGGGCCCAACCCAUCGGCUGUGGUCUGUUUGAAGAUUUGGGGUGCCCUCUCUCUUUCCCAGGGACUUUAGCAGAGGGGGGGCCCAGCCUUUGAGGAAAAACAGCUGCCCCUGCCAGGCGGAGAGGCCUGGGUACUGGUGGCUUUGAACAUUCCUUUACAUUGUUUGGGAAACGAAGCCAAGGUUAUUCAGUAUGGCUUCCCAAGUCAAAGGAACGUCACCUGUAAGAGGUCACACUUACCAAAGAAAGAAGAAAGCUUUCUGGAGCUGGGAUGAACAGCUGGCCCAGCCUCCGUAAGGUUUCCAUGUUGCUGAGGCUGUGGAGAUUCCCAGGGCCUGCUUCUUCGGAUGAGCAACACCAUUCUGACCUGGGCCAGCAUAGGGUUUCGGAAUGGGGAGAGGGAACGACCUCUGCCCAGCCGUUUCCUAUCAACACCAUCCAAUGGCAUAGCCAAGAUGGGUGAAGAUUCAUUUUGCCUUAACACAAGAGAAAUCCUGAUUCUCCUCGUGCUAAGAUUUGGGCACAAGAUUCCAAACACCUGGAACUGAGCCGUGUGCCUCUGUACACUAAACAAUGGGAUUUGGCUCCAGCUUUUUGUUCCUUUUCUCUUUUCUUAGACCAUUAUCUAAGCUGCAUCCUCAGCUCAGAUCCAGGCCCCUGAGGAUGUCUUCUUUGCGCCCCAGCCCAUGGUGCUCUGUCUGUGGCCAGGUGACCUUGCUCAGGAGCAGAUGUCUCCUUGGCCUUCAUGGUAACUUAUCCAUCCAGAUGUGCCUGAAACAUUCCAGUGCUCACUGGCUUUUCUAGAUGUGCCUUCCGCUUGGCCUUCAGCUGCUUUUCCGGAUGGAAGAAGGACAUGUAACAUGGCCCCCACAACCAUCCCCUCAUCGCCCUUGAGGCCCAGUGCCAUGGGACUGGCCACCUGACCUGGCCCGGAACUUUUGGAUACUGGAGUCAGUCUCAUUGGCCUCUCUGGACUCCAGGACUCAAUCUUGCCUGAGACCACUGUGGGUUGCUCCCAGUCCAAAGUCUGGGACCACUUGCAGACCCAGGAGUGAUUUUUUCCAGCGUACUACAAAGGCCAAAAGGGUGGGAGUGAGAGGGCUGAGGGCUGGUAGGGAGAGGGGACCCAAGUGCCUCAUUUAGUAGUUUAGUGGUGAUUACUAACCUGCUUUUCGGAAUAAAGUUUGGUUUGUCUGA